AUGAAAACACAGAAGGAAUGUGUUAAAAGUGAUGAUAUAACAGUUUUGAAUGAUGUGAAUUAUAAAUGCAAAGAUGGUCAAUAUUUAGAUCGUAAUAAUAUGUGUCAAGAAUAUGACAUGACUUCAAGCAUAUGUUUCCAAGGAAAAGACAAUCGUUGUAUAUCAAAAGAAGAGGUAAAUUGUGUCAAAUCGAAUUCGUUUGGAUGUGUGCAGUGUAAAGAACGAGAAAAUGAAGAACACAAGAAAAUAGGAGAAAGAUCUUUUGGAGUUGUCUACAAAAGCACUUUCAGUGGAAAAAUCGUUGCUAUUAAAGGGUUUCUUGAGGAUAAGGUGUAUCCUCAGGAUUAA